UGGUUGUCCUCUCGCGAGAGCAACGAGGGAAGCGCUCUCCCGGUGCCGCUGGGGCGUCGCGCGGCUGCCCUGGCCUCACGCUGCCCCUCCCCCUGGUGGGGACGCGCCUCCCGCACCCCUCCUCCGCUUCCCCUUGCGGCCCGCCGCCAUUUGACAGCGGGGCGGGCCCAGCCGAGUGGGGUUUCACUGCCGGCGCCGGGCGCUCACCGGAGCCGCUGGUCAUGAAAAUGAGUUGCACAAUAGAAAAAGCCUUGGCAGAUGCAAAGGCACUGGUGGAACGGCUAAGGGAACAUGACAACGCAGCGGAAGCCCUUAUUGAACAGACUACAGCUCUUAACAAGCGGGUUGAAGCUAUGAAACAGUACCAAGAAGAAAUUCAAGAGCUCAACGAAGUAGCAAGACAUCGCCCUCGGUCUACCUUGGUGAUGGGUAUCCAACAAGAAAACAGGCAGAUUAGGGAAUUGCAACAGGAAAAUAAAGAACUACGGACAUCUCUUGAAGAACAUCAGUCCGCUUUGGAACUCAUAAUGAGCAAGUACAGAGAACAGAUGUUUAGGUUGCUUAUGGCAAGCAAAAAAGAUGAUCCAAGCAUAAUAACGAAGCUAAAAGAGCAACAUUCCAAGGAGCUGCAAGUGCAUGUGGACCAAAUUACAGAAAUGGCAGCGGUAAUGAGAAAAGCCAUUGAAACUGAUGAAAAGCACGGCUGUAAAGAGCAAGAACGGAUCAUCCAACUUGAGCAAGAAAACAAAGGCUUAAGAGAAAUUCUUCAAAUAACUAGAGAAUCAUUUCUGAACCUCAAGAAAGAAGAUGCCUCAGAGAGCACAUCUCUGUCAGGAUUAGUAACAAGCAGUGAUUUGAGCCUGAGGAAAAGCUAAGGACUAUGGAAGUCAACCAGCUUCAAUUGCACACUUUACAAAAGGAAUAUCAGGGGUCACUUGUCAAGCACUUGUUACUGAAUAGGGUACCAGCAAGCUCAUGCAUCUUCAGUGCCAGGUUAGCAGCUGUUAUGCUGAAAAACUAAAAGCUAUGAGAAACUAAAAGUGAUAUUCUACAAAAACCUGAGUGACAGAUUAAUUACCAUAGAUCUAACUUCAGUAGGAAAUGGAUUCAUGGACUUACUGAAUUGGGAAUUAUUUUUCUAUGAAAGAGUUUUACAGAUAAAGGACAAGAUUUCACAUAAUUUGUAUAAACAAUUGCUCAUACAAAGUUUCAAUUCACCUAUUAUGUAAUAAAGUUAAGAUUUAAAGUCCAAUCUCUGGCUUAAAAGCAGUAGGUUAUGAAUAUGGCUUGUGUAUAAUCCACAUUACACUUUCUUUUUAGUGAGUUUUUCAUAAAUUCUCAUUUUUGCAACAACUCUGUUUAAUGGAAAAGGGUACACAGGCAGCAUAAAACUUAUAAGAUUUCUGUCAUUAAGCCACGGGGCAUCCUGUUCAAAUACAGGGUCAAUUGUUUAAAUGUAAGAAAUGCUUCCCACUUUAUUGCUUUCUGGAGCACAGGUGGCAUUAUCAAAUUCUGCCUUAGCUUUUACUUUUAUGAGAGAAAAGCAGGUUCAGUUCUCUCUAGGCAAGAAGCCACACUAGUCCAGUCUAUUUCUCCAAUUGCCUGCCCAAACUUCAUAACAGGGAAAUGCAAUAUGCAAGCACCCAAACGGCAGCAGAGAGGUAGUUGGGGGAAGGAGUGAGAGGUUCUAUUGCAAAGUUGGCCUGCAUGCCUGCAAUUAAUACUCUUAUUUUUUUCUUAAACACUAGUCCUCAGGAAGGUUUUUGUUAAGUUUCAGGUACAUGUUAUGUUUGCAUUAGGAAAAAAUUCCAUAUGCUGUACUGACAGACUGCAUGCUUUUAAUCCUGAGAUACUUGCAGAAAUGAAAAGGAAUUAGCUUUUAUAGAUCAAAGUGCAGCUUUUAUGAUAUGCAGAUACAAUAAAAGUGCUGCUCAAGACAGGCUUUUAGUGAAGAGGUGCUGAAAGAAUUAAUAUUUGGCUUUGAUUUGUCAGACUAUUGCUUCUGAGUCAAGGCAGUGAGAAUGCUUCUAGUGAUGUAUAUCAUCACUUUUUGCAGCAUAUUAAGGUAUUCUUUACUUGGGAAACAUACUCAAAAGCAGCAGAGUGAAAGCCUUCAACCACAAAGAACUGUAGAUCUACCAAUGCCACCCCACAGUUGAAUAUUUUGGCUGUUUAAUAGCUCACCUAACAAAAUGACUUGAACUCCUAUUCUGAAAUAAAAUUUGAUUCAGUAAUAGUUGAUUCUCAGUUACAACUGAAAGGACAUCAAGUACUUUUAGGGGUGUCAGUUUUAAAUACAACUUCCUUUGACUCAGUACAGCUUCCCUAGGUUCACGAUAAGUGUGCCACAGGUCUAAGGGUGAACUUUCACUGUCCAGAGAACUAAUUUAUAGGGAGCUUAAUAUUUUUGUUCUGUUGCUGUCAGUUGCUGUCCAGCAUCUCUGUUUAAGAGAAACAAGUCAAGUCCUGGGAAAGGAGUGUUUAGCAGAGACAAGGCAUGUCUUCAGUUCAAUAGUACCUAUAGUAGAAAAUGCUGUUGCAAGGACAGAUAAAUCCAGUUCUCCGAGUUCUCACAGCAUUUUUUAUAAAUGGAGAAACUGCUACUUCUCUUUCCAGAGCAUCUUAAGCGUUUUUUCUAGGCAUAAGAUUAUAUUGAAGACAUUUGUGUGGAGAAAAAAACAUUUCCAAACUUGCUAAACAUCUUGGGGAAAAUUUUGGGGUCAUAAAAAUAUACUUGUCUGUUAUUAUUAUCUGUAAAACCUUGCCAGAAACCUAUAAUUUAGGUUUCACAUUUCUGCUGUAGCUUGCAAGCUGGUGACUUAGCAGAAGCAACAUCUGUUUUUUUUAAUGGAGUGUUUUGUUGUUGCAAACUUAGAAGAAAUUUGGGGUUCAAUUGAUUGUUACUUUUAGAAGCAUAGUUCAGCCAUUUCCUGGUAGCAGAGGCAUUUCUAUCCAUUUAAUGCUGAAUGCAGUGUCCUGGAUGACUUUCUAGUUUGUCUUUCAAAUACAGUUUCCAGAGAAGGGUUGUUAGUCCAUGGCCGUUCUUUGUGGUUGCUCUAUUAUGAAAUAAUGCUUGAUCAGUGUUUAUUUUUGUAAACUUAAAAAAAAGAAGUGACUUAUCUACUCCUAGUCUUCACGUUUGAUAUGUCUCUCCUGUCAUUCCCUGGACCUGAUCACUUUAGGAUUUUAAAGAACCUUCACAGUGUGUGGAGUGACUAUUUUUCAUUGCAUACCUGUUAUUUUUGUAAUGCAGAUGGCUUGAAAAGAAUUUAUGGCUUGAAUUGUGUACUGUACAGUAAACUUAUUUUAUCAAUAAAGUUGACUGAAAAUA